AUGAAGCCAUUCCUCUUUCCACUGCUUGGUGGCUUUGCUUUUAUGCUCCUCCUAGUUCAUGCCCAGGAUGAUCAAACAGGCUUUAUUAGCAUAGACUGUGGCCUUGCAGAAAAUACCAGCUAUACAGAAAAGAUGACAGGAAUUAACUACAUUUCAGACGAAACCUUCAUAAGCACCGGUGAAAAUAACGUCGUAUUGCAAGAGUACAGAAAUAAGUAUCAAGAGCCCUACAUGUCUCUUAGGAGUUUCCCAGGAGGGAUCAGGAACUGCUACAAAAUCAAUGUCACAAAUGGCACCAAAUAUUUGAUCAGAUCAAGUUUCAAAUAUGGGAACUAUGAUAGGCAGAAUAUAUUGCCAGAAUUCGACUUGCAACUUGGAACUAAUGUUUGGGAUUUGGUGAAGUUGGAGGAUGCAUCAACCAUUACAAACAAGGAGCUCAUACAUGUCCCUCUAAGAGACUAUAUACAUGUUUGUCUAGUGAACACCGGCUUGGGGAUUCCAUUUAUAUCGGCACUAGAACUGAGGCCUUUACCUAAUACAUCUUAUCAAACACAAACCGGGUCGUUGGCACUUCAAUGGCGGCUUGACACCGGUCAAAUAGCAGCUAAUUUGACAGAAUACAGGUAUCCAGAUGAUGUUCAUGAUCGCUUCUGGUAUGGCUACUAUGACGACAAUUGGAAACGAGUAAUUACCUCGUCCACAAUCAACUCUGAUGUUCACGAUAGUUUCCAGCCCCCAUCUGUUGUCAUGAGCACAGCUGCCACACCAAAGAAUGGAACUGAUGCCUUGUACAUUUCCUGGAUGGAUUUUGAUAACAGUGCAGAAUAUUUUGUUUACAUGCACUUUGCAGAAUUUGAAAAGCUCCAACCCAACCAGUCUAGGCAGUUCAACAUUACUAUGAAUGGAGAGUCCCUUCAUGAGAAAGUUGUUCCUUAUUACUUGUCCUCCACUAUUUACAGCACUAGAGCUUUGAGUACUGGAGGAAAAUAUAAUAUUUCAAUCUUUAAGGCUGAGAACUCUACCCUUCCACCAAUCCUUAAUGCCAUCGAGGUGUACACCAUAAAAGAAUUCUUAGAAUCAAGAACAAACCAAGCAGAUGUUGAUGCAAUCACAAGCAUCAAGUCAACUUACAAAAUUAAGAAGAACUGGCAAGGAGAUCCAUGCUCCCCUCUGGUUAACUCGUGGGAAGGUAUAAACUGUAGCAAUGAGCACACUAGAAUAGUAUCCUUGAACUUGUCCUCCAGCGGAUUAACAGGGGAGAUAGCUCCUUAUAUAUCCAAUCUCACCAUGAUACACAUUUUAGAUUUAUCAAACAACAACUUAACUGGAUCAAUCCCAGACUUUUUGUCUCGACUGCGAAAGUUAAUGGUCCUAAACUUGGAGAAAAACAAACUCACAGGUUUAGUUCCCGUAGGACUCAUUCAGAAGAGGAAGGAUGAACGCUUUACAUACCCAGAGAUUGUGGAGAUUACCAGUAAUUUUAAAUCAAUAAUUGGAAGAGGCGGAUUCGGAGAAGUCUACUUUGGCACUCUGCAAAAUCAGACUCAAGUUGCUGUCAAGUUACUGAUUUCAUCGUCAACACAGGGCUCAAAAGAAUUUGAAAAUGAGGUUAGUCUGUUGAUGAGAGCUCAUCAUAGAAACUUGGUUUCUCUGGUUGGGUACUGUGAUGAAGGGGAGACUAUGGCACUAGUUUAUAAUUUCGUUGCUAAUGGAAAUUUGCAACAGCGUUUAUCAGUUGGUAAUUUACACGUUUUGACUUGGAAGGAGAGACUUCAAAUUGCAGUUGAUGCAGCACGAGGACUGGAUUAUCUACACAAUGGCUGCAAGCCAUCAAUAGUACAUAGAGAUCUAAAGACUUCAAAUAUCUUGCUAAAUGAAAAUCUUCACGCCAUGAUAGCCGAUUUCGGUCUUUCUAAAGUUUUUGCAACUGAAAGUGCCACUCAUGUAUCAACUGACCCUAAAGGAACAUUUGGGUACCUUGAUCCUCAAUAUUACUACACAGGAAAGCUGAAAAAAAAGAGUGAUAUAUACAGCUUUGGGAUUGUGUUGCUAGAGCUAAUAACUGGUAGAGCAGCAAUAAUAAGAGAUGUGGAAGCUGAACCUAUUCACAUAUGUCGAUGGGUGAGUCCAAAGUUUGAGACUAUGGAAAUUGAGAGUAUCGUGGAUUCAAGAAUACAAGGGACCUACAACACCUCUUCUGCUUGGAAAGCUCUACAAAUUGCCAUGGCAUGUGUGCCUUUAACGGCAUUCCAAAGGCCUGAUAUAACUUUUAUCUAUAACAACUUGAAGGAAUGUUUGGAAAUUGAGAUGUCCUCUGGAAGAACACAAAUUGUAGGGAACGAUGAUACAAGUUCAAGCAGCUCAAUUAGAAUGGCCUCCCAAAUUGAGUCAGAAACAAGUUCAAGCAGCCCAGUUAUUAUCUCUAUAUAG